AUGAAGAUGCAUACGUCUGCGUCCAUCCCGGAGAUGUACGAUCAUGUCAUAGACGAUGGCCGCCUCCAAUUCAUUGAGAAACUCGGAGAGGGUGCAUAUGGUGUGGUCUAUCGGGCGGUGGACUUGGACUCUCCGACGUCCUCGCGCUGCCCAGACCCCAAGCAAUACGCCAUCAAAGUCAUGAUGAAGGCGCAACCGCGGACCCGCCAGCAGAGAUUCCAGCGGGGCGAGAUCGCCGCCCACCGCAGGGUCUCCGCUUACCCGAACAUCCUCACGCUCCACAAAGUCAUUGAGGACAGCGCGUACAUCUAUCUCGUGAUGGACUAUUGCCCUGGCGGCGAUUUGUUCCACCACAUCACGGAGCGCAAGACGUACGGAGGGAGCACGAACCUCGUCAAGAAUGUGUUCGUCCAGAUCCUCGACGCCGUUCGUGCAUGCCACGAGCAAGGCAUAGCUCACCGCGAUAUAAAGCCUGACAAUAUCUUGUGCAUGAACGAGAGCGGCUCGAGGGUCGUGCUUGCGGACUUCGGCCUCUCGACCAGCUCAGAGAGGAGCUCGACCUUCGGGUGUGGUAGCUCGUUCUACACCAGUCCUGAGACCAGCGGUAUAGACUUCGGCUACAAGCCGUACGACGCUAAGGUCGCCGAUGUCUGGUCUCUUGGUGUAUUGCUCGUCAACAUGAUCGCUGGCCGAAACCCGUGGACGUCUGCCACGAUAGAGGAUCAGUGCUUCCUGCGUUCCAUGACGCGGCCGGGAUACUUGCAGAAGAUGCUUCCGAUCUCGGACGAGGCGGUCACCAUACUGCAGCGGAUCUUCACCUACGACCCGAAGAUGCGCAUAACUAUCCCCGAGCUCCGGGAGGCCAUCCUCAAGGUCAAGACGUUCUUCAUGACCGAGCCGCAGCUCGCGAAGGGCCAUCGCUUCGCCCAGAUUGCCGCGAGGACCUAUUUCCAAAAGUACUACUCGCUCACAGAGGAGGAUUACAGGGAGAUGAACGCGCUGGAGGAGGCGGAAUUCGGCAGGCGAGAGAACUUGGUCGAGGCACUCGUCGUAGAGAGUCCGACGAACCACUUUAGGCUCGUCGACUGCGUCGGAUCCACUGGCAUGCCUUCUAUGACGAACAGCGAUUCGGACUCGGAUGCAGAGAGCAUCGGGCCCGUCACUCCCGUGCGGAACGCUGUGGAGGUAGAAGCAUUGGCUGAAGUGCCACCAUUGAAGGACGGAGAGGAUAUGGGUGUACCAGUCGUGCCCACGGUGGUCAAGAAGAGACGCGACCGUCCCUUCGAGUCUCUUGUACAUUUGAUGGAGCGCUUUGCCUUGUGA